CGACUUCUUUUAUUUUCUUUGUGCUACUACCUACCCUUUGUCUCUCCCAAAAGUAUUUACCUAGUACAUUUCGGAUUUUCUGCUUCUUUUCAACUUCUGGACUGCUAGGAUAUGACUCGAUCAAUAUGUGGUGAAGUCGGACUUGUUAAUAGGCAUGAUGAAAUUAAACACACAGACUAUGAUAUUGAGCAGCUCCUUCUGGAGGCAGAGGGGCGACUACGAGCUCACAGUGUGAUCACCACUGACAAACUCGAUACAAUAGAGGUAUCUAGUGAUCAGCCCCAACAUACUCUAUCAGGCAUUCCUAGAUUAUCCUCUGACCAUUCUCUGCAACCGUACCUCGUUCAGAAAGAUGAUCUUGCGACUGUCAAUACUACACGCGUCAUGAACAACCUCCAGGAUACAUCUAAGGGUCUUGUUCCCCAACUAUCCAAAGGAACAAAAGAUACGAAAUCCAAGAAGGAAAAGCCCACAGCGGGUAGCGAUUGGUUCGACCUUCCCAAGACCGAAUUGACUCCAGAGCUCAAAAGGGAUCUACAGCUUCUCAGAAUGCGUUCUGUAUUAGACCCCAAGAGACACUACAAGAAAGAAAACGCCAAGGCUCAGCCACCUAAGUAUUCUCAAAUAGGGACUAUCAUUGAAGGCCCCACCGAGUUUUUCAGCGGUCGUAUCACCAAAAAAGAUCGCAAGAAAACCUUCGUUGAAGAAGUACUCGCUCAAGAACGGCAAACAAGGCGUUUUGAGUCUAAGUACAGAGACAUUCAAACCAGCAAGCAAAGUGGCAAAAAGUCCUUUUACAAAAAUCUGCAGGCCAAGAGAAGAGCCAAAGGCAAGUGAAGAGCCAAAGGCAAGUGAAGAAGCUAAUGCCACUCCUGCAUGGAUGGUUUUGGAAGCCGUAGUACUGCAAAAGGGACGGUUGUAUUCG